AUGGAUAAUGAUAUUUUAUUAGAUCCCAUAACAAUGGAAAUAAUGAGUGAUCCAGUAAUUUCUAAAUUAUGUGGUCAUUCAUUCUCUAAUGAUUCAAUUAUAGUUUGGUUACAAAAAAAAGAAACAUGUCCAAUUUGUAAUAUUAAAAUAACAACCAAUGAUCUUACUCCAAAUUAUUCUUUAAGGGAUAUUAUAAAACAUAUGGAACAACAACAACAACAACAACAACAACAACAACAACAAAAAGAUAAACAAUUACAUCAUCAACAACCAGAUGAAUCAUCGUCAUCAAAUAUUCAAAACAUUGAAAACUUUAGAGAUAUAAAUAAUAAUAAUAAUAAUGGAGAAAAAGCUAUAAAAGAAACACCAAAAAAUAAACCAUAUAUAAUAAGAGAACUUUGUCAAGAUGAUAUUCAAGAAGCAGCAAUACUAUUAGAGAAAUCAACACGUGAGGAUAUAUUUAUGAAUUUCUUUUUCAACAAUUCACCAGAAUAUCGUAUCAGUGGUGGAACUUGGUUUUGUAAUAAAAUGUUAACCUAUGCUUUAAAAAAAGCAAGAGUUUGGGGAUGUUUUGAACUUAAUAAUAAUAGUAAUAAUAAUAGUAAUAAUAGUAAUAAUAAUAAUAAUAAUAAACAAACAAUUAGUGGUAUAAUGAUAGCACAACCACCACAUGAUGUAAAUGGUGUUAGCAUUGCAGAGAUGUUUAAAGUUGGUAUGUAUAUGGCACCAAUUAAAUUGGGUGUAUCAGUUUUAUCAAGAAUUUUAAAAUCAUCAGAUUUCGCAGAACGUAUACAUCAAGCUGAGAUGAAAAAUCAUCCAAACAAACAUUGGUAUUUAAAUUGUAUUGCAAUUGAACAUUCCUAUAGACGUAGUAAAAGAGGUAGUGAUUUAAUUCAACAUGUCUUAAAUUUAGCUGAUAGUCAAAAUGCUUCAAUCUAUACUGAAUGUGAUUUAGAAUUCACUCAAUUCUUUAAAACUCAUAAUUUUAAAACUUCAAAAUUUUAUCAACAACAUUCAAAUACACAAGAUGCACCACACUUUUAUACAAUGAUUAGAAAUUUCAAAAAGUAA